AUUUAACAUAAAUUUCCUAAUCCUUAAAAUAACUACAUUACCUUCUUUAUCAUCAAUUAUAUUUAUAUUCACUACCAUUGUUGCCCACAUCACCGCCCCCACCACCGUUGCCGACACAACCUGUCGCUACUGCUGCCGCCACAUCUCGUGUAGCUACCACUAACCCCGCCACAUUGCGCAGAUAUACAUCUCGUGUUAUUAAAUAAUACUAUCAUAUAAUUUAUAAAUAAAAAGGUUAUUAUACGUACAUCUAGCGUGAUGAAUUUGUUCGUUCAUUUUCAGUCUAUCGUUCUCAUCUGCUUCCGAACUACAUUCAUUCUUUAUUUCUUAUUUCUACUUCUUUAUUCGUCAUCGGGUAUGCUACAUACAUAUAGUAGAGGUAUUUACAUAUAGUAGGUAUAUAUAUAUAUGUUUAUUAAUACUAUUGAUAUAAAUGUGUAUGGAGGUUUAAGUUAGAAGAGCCUCAUGAUGAAUUUGAAUCCCGGAGGGCGGGGGCCCAAUUUGACUACGACGCUAAUGAUUUCUACACCGAUGAGUGUUCGAUUCACACCAAGAACUGUCAAUUGGGCCCAAAGAACAGCACGGGAGCUUGGUAAUGUCUUAAUCAAACGAAGGUCAAAUUCCAACUCAGCUGGUGACGUCAAUAAAGUGACCCUAGUCUGUAAUCGUGCUCGGAAAAGAGAUAGUAGGUCAAUUGGGCCCAUUAAAAGGUCAAUAAAAAUUGAAUGCCCCUUUAGAUUGGAAGAUCGUUUGACAAAGGAUGGUGGUUGGAUGGUUAAUAUUAUAGACGAUAGAUAUAAUCACUAUUCAUCAAAUAAUUUGGAGGGUUACGCGUACACAACCCCGUCAUAUUGUAAUUCAGACGAAAAAAGAAUUUCCAAACUUGACCUAUGCAGAAGACAUUUACAACCAUCUGAAAAUAAGACGGAAGAUGGUGGUCGUUAAAGCAAGGAAAACUCUAAUGCAGGUGAAAAAUCUAACGGUGAAUCGGUUAUGUCAAAAUCAAGUAAUCACAGCAGUGAAUGGAAGCCUUCCAGGACCGACUUUAAGGGUGAAGGAGGGUGACACCGUAAUCGUACAUGUAUUUAACAGAUCUCCAUACAACCUUACUAUUCAUUGGCAUGGAGUGUUUCAAAGAUUAAGUCAAUGGGCGGAUGGUCCUGAAUUCGUGACUCAGUGCCCAAUCCGGCCAGGAGGAAACUACACUUACAGGUUCAAUCUGACGGGACAAGUGGGCACCCUUUGGUGGCACGCACACUCUUCCUGGCUUAGAGCAACUGUUUAUGGUGCUCUUGUCAUUCGUCCCCGAGAUGGCCAGAAGUACCCUUUUCCCAAACCUUACCGUGAGGAUACGAUUUUGCUAGGAGAAUGGUGGAAUGCUAACCCUAUCGACGUUGAGAAUGCCGCGUUGGCUACCGGAGCAGCACCAGUUGACUCCGACGCUUAUACCAUCAACGGUUGGCCCGGGGAUUUGUUCAACAACUGCCGUUCAGUUUCAAAUAAAACAUAUAGGCUAGAUGUUGUGCCAGGGAAGACAUAUCUGUUGAGAAUAAUCAACUCUGCCAUGAACGGUCAAUUCUUCUUCAAGAUAGCAAACCACAGCCUGACUGUGGUUGGGGCGGAUGCGGCCUACACCAACCCAUAUGUGACCGACGUCAUCCUUCUCGGUCCAGGCCAAACCACCGAUGUCCUGCUGACCGCAAACCAAGCCCCUGGCUUAUACUAUAUGGCUGCCCGUCCAUACGCGAGCGCCGUCGGGGUCUCCAUCAACAGCAACACCACGACCGCAAUCCUCGCCUACCAGAACGCCUCCCAAACGUCCACCCCCGUCCUUCCGGUCCUGCCGGCCUUGAACGACACCCCGACCGCGUUUACGUUUUCGAGCAAUCUAACGGGGCUGGUCACAAGUCCCUUCUGGACCCCGGUGCCACGCACAGUGGACGAGAACAUGUUUGUGACCAUGGGGCUGGGAUUGUCGGCCUGUGGCGGGGGACCGAACCAAACGUGCCAAGGGAUCUUCGGACAAAGGAUGUCGGCCAGCAUGAACAACCACUCGUUCGCUCUCCCGACAAGCGUGUCGCUCCUGGAGGCGCAUUUCAGAAACAUCAGCGGGGUGUACACUACAGAUUUCCCGGAUCAACCGCCCGUGGUAUUCGACUACACCAACGUGAACAACAGUUUUGAUCUGAAUCUGAUCAUGACACCAAAGAGAACCAGCCUGAAGCGGGUGAAGUUUAACGCGACGGUUCAGAUGGUGCUGCAGAACACGGCUUUGAUAGGUGUGGAAAACCAUCCGAUGCAUCUGCACGGGUUCAAUUUCUACGUGUUGGCCCAAGGCUUUGGAAACUAUAAUGCCACCACUGCCUCCGCCAACUUCAAUCUGGUGAACCCACAAGAGCGGAAUACGCUGGGGGUUCCUGUUGGCGGUUGGGCUGUCAUCAGAUUCCGGGCUAAUAAUCCAGGUGUGUGGUUUUUUCAUUGCCAUUUGGAUGUACAUUUGCCAUGGGGUUUGGGCACUGCCAUCCUGGUGGAGAACGGCGGUACACCGGAAUCAACCUUGCCACCACCGCCAGCUGAUUUUCCUCGCUGCAGCUAGCUAGAAGAUCAACAAGCCAGCCAUCAUAUCCGACCAGAUUGAUCGGAUAAAAUUAAUUGGAUGCCGGCCAAUUGUUCAUACAAAUUAAUUAUAUAUUAAGGGAUCGGAUUUGCAUAAUUAAUCAAGCAUAUGAUUGAAUGAAUAUUACUACUACUAUUUUUACGUACAGCAUUGUUAUUGUAUUUUACUCGUAAUCAAUAAACUUUUGGGACGACGUAUACGUAUAUCACUACUGAUUCUUUUA